AUGGCUUCUCCUUCGAGAAUCCCAUCCGAACAGCCUCCCAGGUCUGCUUCGCCCUCGAGCUUCCGACCUCGAUCGAUUUCGGCUUCGGUCCCUCGAGCUGAUUUGACAGCGCGUCUUGCUUCUCCCAUCCCGUCACAACUACUUGGAACUACACCUCCCAGGGGAGGCUCGCCACGACCCGAUGCAGCUCCACGUGCCGAGAAUCUCGAGGAUUUGUCCCAGUUGCCUGGGAGCGGGACCAGCGCUCAAGGACCUGGCGUAUCUGCUCUCGCCGCUGCACUCUCCAACUCUCUAGGCCAGUCUCCUCCGCGACAUGGCACUCCCGCAGCUCGCGUUGCUACUCCCCCGAUUCGCUCACAGUCUCCUCUGCUCGGCGGUCGAAAUUCGGGCACGCCGACCAACUAUGGAUCUUUCAAUUCACGGUCACAAAAUGCGCUGGGCACCAGUGCACCUUAUGAAGAUCCUGAGAUUGUCAAGCGUCAUCUAGUCCAACCCUCGGAUGAGAAUCCGGGUUCAGAAGAGUCAUCGAUUCAAGGUAAUUCGAAGGGCAAGCAGCCAGCCGAAAUCGGCGGUGCCGGACUAGGCGAGGACGAGUUUUCCAGCCUGAAGUUGCAGGGAGGUGAUGUGACUCGAGGUAUCUACAAGUGGACCGAACAGGCAGAAGCGAGAGCCAAGUACAACCGCAGCAAGAGCUUCGAUUUGGGACGGCCUGAGCCCGAGGCGGAGGUACUUGACAUCAACUCGAUAAAGGUGCCCGGCGGCUUCCGAAGAAACCAUCUCCGUCGCAACGUCCAAAGCCCUGGUCCUCAUGGUCAUCCUGAGGACGGCCACGCCUCUCCUGCGCCGGGCCAGCAAAGAUUAUUCACCUCAAGCUUCCUCGAAUUUUUGACAAUUUAUGGCCACUUCGCUGGUGAGGAACUGGAGGAGGAUGACGAAGACUUAGGACCGAACGAGUACUUCUCAUCGGGAGAAGACACAGACGAGUACAACUCCGACGACGAGCGGGAGCCUAUGGAGGAUAGUGCCUUGUUGACACCUUCAAGACGCAGACGCAAGCGCAAGGUCCGUGGUGGCACUGGAAACAAUAGCCCCAUGAACGCAGCCUUGCUGCUUCUCAAGUCCUUUGUCGGUACUGGUGUCCUCUUCCUUCCUCGAGCCUAUCUCAACGGAGGUAUGCUCUUCAGCAACCUGAUCCUCUUUGGCGUUGCCGCUCUGAGCUACUACUGCUUUGUGCUUCUCGUACAAACACAGCUCAAGGUUGGAGGCUCUUUUGGUGAUUUGGGUGGUGCACUUUACGGAAAGCAUAUGCGCACCCUUAUUUUGGCCUCUAUUGUCAUCAGCCAGAUUGGUUUCGUUGCCGCUUACACUGUAUUCACUGCCGCCAAUUUGCAGGCCUUUGUCAGGGCUGUUUCCGACUGCAAGUCCUCAAUCAGUAUCCAAUGGCUCAUUCUUAUCCAGAUGCUCAUCUUCCUGCCAUUUGCUCUUCUAAGAGAUAUUGGAAAGCUGGCAUUUACUGCUCUAGUCGCGGAUGCCUUUAUUUUGAUUGGCCUAGCUUACCUUCUGUACUACGAUAUUCUGACUCUCAACGCCAACGGUAUCUCCGAUAUCAUCAUGUUCAACAAGAAGGACUGGACCUUGUUCAUCGGAACUGCGAUUUUCACCUUUGAAGGCAUUGGUCUUAUCAUUCCUGUCCAGGAAUCGAUGAGACACCCUCAAAAGUUUCCUCGGGUUCUUCUUAUCGUUAUGAUUAUCAUCACAGUCCUCUUCAUUGGCAUGGGUGCCAUCUCUUAUGCUGCCUACGGUUCUCACACAGAAACUGUUGUCUUGCUCAACUUGCCUCAGGACAACAAGAUGGUCAACGGAGUUCAGUUCUUGUACUCUGUUGCCAUUCUGCUUUCUACACCAUUGCAGAUCUUCCCCGCCAUUCGUAUCGCUGAAACAGAGCUUUUCACUCGAAGUGGCAAGUAUAAUCCUUGGGUCAAGUGGCAGAAGAAUGUCUUCCGUUUCUUCGUGGUGAUGCUUUGCGCUGCCAUUGCUUGGCUCGGUGCCGACCAUCUGGACAAGUUUGUUGCACUCGUCGGUAACUUUGCCUGCAUUCCACUUGUCUUUAUCUAUCCUCCUAUGCUUCAUUAUAAGGCGAUUGCCCGCACGAAGUUUUGGAAGGUGGCCGACAUCCUGCUCUGUAUCUUUGGAUUCAUCGCAAUGGCGUACGCUACCACACUUACUGCGAUGAGUUGGGCCACUGCUGAGCCUAAGCAUCCGGGAUACUGUGACGAGAAGGGAACAAUGGUUGGGUUCUGA